AAAUUGUGUUGAUUUCAAUGGAAGAGGAGAUAAAGUUAUGUGACUUUGGUUUGGCUAUAAAGUUCCCAAAUUGUGAUCAAUUUCUUAUGUAUAAAGCCAAACCUACGGCAGAUGUGGGAACUGUUGACUAUAUGGCACCGGAAGCCCAGACUAAUGAAUACAACCAUUUUAUAGAUAUCUACAGCCUAUCCCUAAUUGUGGCUCAAAUUUUUGGUUUCAAUGUAAACGAUAUAAUCGACGGAGAUUAAAACAAACACAAAAUAUGACAAAGAUAUGAAUGAAUGGAUGUAUAAAAUGAAUGCAUUAUUGGUGUCAAUUAGUGACAAUAAGUAUCGCAAAAACGGUUCAACAGAUUGGAGGCAAAGACCCG